GUCUCUCCCCUCUGAUCGUGAAAACGAGUUUCUAGUUGUUACGUUAAUCUCACCCCACCCUGGAACGCUUAUUUUGCUGCGUCUACAGACUAGUCCAGGCUAGAUCCCUCGGUCAUCCGUCGACGGACGGAGGUAGUGUGAAUGCGCCCUGGCCUGAAUACGCGAGGACCAUGGACCUAUAAAGACCGUUUGGAAUGCGCCCGGACCGUUUUGAGUACACCAUCCGGGUCCUUUCAGUGCACUGCUUUCCCCCCGAUCGUAAUUGGAACGCCCUAAUCAAACUAAGUAUAACCGAGGCAUGCCUCACACAGAGGAGUCGCGACUGGCCAACCUGCUGCGCCGCGUUUCCCGUGAGGAGCGCAGGCUGCUAACCCUCAAACAACUGAAGGAGUUCAUCAGCCACAGUGAGAACAAAGGGGCCCUGGUGAAACAAAUGGAAACCACCUUGAGUACCCUGAAUGAAGUUUUGAAUGAAAGCAUUAAGCUGCUGUGGGAGAUGAGGCAGGAGGCCGCGGCCUGCCUGGGCCUCCUGUGUGGCGCCAUCAGCUACGAGGCCGAGCGCAUCUUCAAGUGGCUCUUCCUGAAGUUCAGCGGCUCCAGCCGGGACGAGGUGAAGCUGCUGUACCUGAUCGCCAUGCAGCGGGGCCUGGAGGCGGCCGGGGAGAGGAAGGCCUUCACCCAGGUCAUGCAGCUUGUGAUGAGCAGUCUGCAGUCCAUCCUGGAGAACCUGGACACGCCAGAGCUGCUGUGUCAGAGUGUCAAGUGCAUUCUGCAGGUGGCCCGUGCCUACCCACAUGUCUUCAGUACCAACUUCAGGGACACGGUUGAUAUCCUGGUAGGCUGGCACAUCGACCACACACAGAAGCAGUCGCUCACCACAAACGUCUCAGGUCAGUUGGCAUUGUCCAAUAUGUUUUUAUGGCACCCCGAUUACUUUUUACUUGAUGUAGUAGAAGAUAACCCUUUUACUUGUGUCUGUGCCGUAGGCUGGCUGCAGUUUGGAGCAGUUCUGGGUUGCAGACCUCGCCUUCUCCACCACCUUGUUGGGGCAGUUCCUGGAGGACGAAUGAACAAAAUAAUCCUUCAGAAAACGACAACAUUAUUAAAAUACCUCAGGAGCACUGUGAUCCGUCCCAGUCAGUGUGAGGUAUAUCUCCUCUCCCCCCAGGACCUGAGCCACGUGGGCUCUGGGGAGGCCCCGGACGAGGACGUGUCCGACAUCCUCAACAGGGUGUUGUCCUGCGUCAGCACCGCCCGGCAGGUGCUGUUCUCCGAGGCGGUGCUCACGGCGGGGAACGAGUGCGUGAGCGUGCUCCUGGUCAGCCUGGAGCCCUCGGCCCAGCUGACGGAGGUGGUGCUGGCCUACGGCCUGGACCAGCUCGCCGCCUGCCACGGCUGUGGGCUGGACUACAGCCUCGCCAUGCUGGGCCUCCUCACCCUGAUUGUGGACCAGAUCAACACCAGGUUACCCGUGUCAUUUGUGGAGAAACAGUUGGCACCAAACUCUCAACUGUUGGAGCUUCGCUUCCACCGGGAGAAAGAGGUGAUGGCUGCCACGCACGGCGUGUACCAGGCGCUGCUGAGCCUGAAGAACAUCCCUACCCUGGAGGCAGCCUACAAGCUGGUGCUGGGUGAGAUGUCCUGCGGCGUGGACAGCCUCCUUGCCCCGCUGGAGGACGGCCCCGCCCCGUCCCCCUCCACCGACAUCCAGCACCCUGCCUUCGCCUCGGUGCUCCUGCCCCCAGAGAGGGCCGAGUUCACCCUCAUCUUCGACCUCGGCGCCCUCACUACCAUCGGCAACACCAAGAACUCCCUCAUCGGGAUGUGGGCUCUGUCUCCCACAGUGUUUGCUUUGCUCAGUCAGAACCUGCCCCUGGUUCACUGUGAGCUGGCCGUCCACUACCCAGCGGUCCAGAACUCUGUGUUGUACACGCUCUAUUCCCACUGCACAAGGCACGACCACUUCAUCUCAGCCAGCCUGUCCACCUCAUCACCGUCCCUGUUCGACGGGGCCGUCAUCAGCACCGUCACCACGGCGACAAAGAAACACUUCAGCACCCUCCUGAGCCUUCUGGGUUCCCUGUUGUCCAAGGAGCAUCUCUACCCAGAGGCCAGGAAGCUCUUGCUAACUUGGGCCCAGGAGAUUUCUUUGCUGAUGAAGAAAACUGACACCUAUGCGCCCCUGUUCUCAUUGAACUCCUUCCACAAGUUCUGCAAAGGCGUGCUGGCCAACGCUCUGAAUGAUGAACCCACUGUCUGCCUCCAGAGCUGCAACAGUCUGCAGGUUCUCUCUGCAUCCCUGUCCACUGAAUUACUACAGCGGUGUGUGGAUGUGUGCAGAGUCCAGCUGGUUCACUCCAUGGUCCGGGUGAGGCAGGCCUACGGCAAGCUGCUCAGGACCAUCCCCCUGAGUGUGGCCCUCGGUAACCACAGCCACCCAGAAAUGGGGGAGAUCUCCAUGACCAUCCGUCGCCACAUGGGGCGCUCCCCGAGUGGCGCGCUGCACCCGCAGGACUUCAGCGACAUCAUCAGCUUCAUCCUGUACGGAGCCGUGCACCGCGGGGGUAAGGACCCGUGGCUGGAGCGUCUGUACCACAGCUGCCAGCGGCUGGAGAAGCGUGCGGGGGAGGCCCCGCCCCCGGCCGCCGGCGGGGGCGUGGCCGGGGGCGUGCCCCGCGGCCUGCUGAAGACGGAGGUGGUGCUGUGGCAGUGGGCCGUGUGGGAGGCGGCGCAGUUCACCGUCCUCUCCAAGCUGCGCACGCCAUUGGGCCGAGCGCAGGACACCUUCCAGACCAUCGAAGCCAUCAUCCGGAGCCUGGCGGCCCACAGCCUGAACCCGGAGCAGCAGGAGCUGGGCGCGUGGAGCGGCGCCGGCGGGGACAGCGAGGGCCACCACUCCCACCAGCUGCGGCUCACGCUGCUGCUGCUGCAGUUCCUGGAGAACCUGGAGAAGCUCAUGUACAACGCCUACGAGGGCUGCGCCAACGCACUCACCGCCCCGCCCAAGGGUAUACGGACGUUCUUCUACACUAACCGCCAGACGUGCCAGGACUGGCUGACCCGGAUCCGGCUGGCGCUGAAGAGGGUGGGGCUGCUCUCGGGCCAGCCCGCCGUCACCGUGCGCCACGGCUUCGACCUGAUGACGGAGAUCAAGAACAGCAACACCCAGGGCCCAGAGCUGGAGGUGCCCUUGAUGAUGCUGGUCGAGGCUCUGUGCGAGCUGCGCUGCCCCGAGGCCAUCCAAGGCCUGGCCGCCUGGAACCUCUGCAACACGGGCAAGAGCCUGGCCUGGCUGUCGUCGGUGGCCCUGCAGGCCGAGGGACGCUUUGAGAGGGCGGCGGUGGAGUACCAGGAGCAGCUGACGGCCGUCACGGGGACGGACUGCUCCAUCCUGGGCUCUGAGCGCCUGCUGAAGCUGUCCUCCUCCAGUGGCAGCAGCAGAGCGGUGUCCAGCCCCAAGCACACGGGCAACGGCGAGGGCAGGAAGACGGUGCUGCUGAAGUCCACGGAGUGCUCCUCGGAGGUGCUCAACUUCCUGGCCAACAAGGCGUGCCAGUGCUACGUGGCCCUGUGCGACUGGCCCUCGGUGCAGGAGUGGCAGGCCAGCGUCCAGGCCCUCAAGAAGAACUCCUCGCCGACCGGGGUGCACCUCAAGAUGGACUUCAACUACAUCCAGGCCCUCAGCCACUUCGAGGACGGGGACUUUGAGCAAUGCGGUGCCCAGCUGGAGCUCCUGCCCGGGGAGGACUGCAGCCUGCUCAGCGCCACCGGCGCCAAGGACAAGCUGGGUAACUACCCCCCCAUCUCUCCGCCGCUGGACACCGCCCUGCACACGGCUGGCAGGGGUCCACUUUCGUUUUGGGGGUGGCACAUUUUAGUCUGAAAGAAGCCGUUC